UUAUCCUUAGAAAAAGAAGGAAAAAGGGAAGCUGCCGUGUUUACUCUCCUGGCUCACAUCUCCUCUGAGCCUCAGAUCCGCUGCAAAACCGGCUGAGCCAAAGCCUCCACUCCCCCCCUUCACUACUCAAAAAGGAUUCCUUUCUCCUUGCACAACCCAAGAGACACCACACCCUGACUGCUCACACAGAAAUAAGGCAGCUCAUUACAGUGCAACGAAUCAGGCUUUUUGGGUGCUUCUGUUUGCAAGACGGGGAGAAAGUUCAUGGCAUAAACCCUAAAGGUACGGGGUCCUGCCUCGUGGGAGAAUUCACUGCCUUUUCUCUUGGUGAGGUUAGCAAGAUCAAGGAAGAUUCUGAGUUGUAGGAGAAUGUUAAGGAUGUGUUCAGUUCUUCCAUUAAGAGAGAGAGAGAGGACUUCAUGGUUGGAAAUAAGUCUCACCGCAUUCAACAGCAUUUACUCCCAUGUUCAGGUGAGCAAGUCCUCAACAGACGUCUGUCAGUAUGGACUGGAAGACCCUACAGGGCCUGCUGAGCGGGGUGAACAAAUACUCCACGGCUUUCGGCCGCAUUUGGCUCUCCAUCGUCUUUGUCUUCCGGGUCCUGGUUUACGUGGUGGCUGCCGAGCGGGUGUGGGGGGAUGAGCAGAAGGAGUUUGAUUGCAACCACCGGCAGCCCGGAUGCACCAACGUCUGCUUUGACCACUUCUUCCCCAUCUCCCACACCCGCCUGUGGGCCCUGCAGCUCAUCUUUGCCACCUGCCCCUCCCUGCUGGUGAUAAUGCACGUGGCCUACCGCGAGGACCGGGAGAGGAAGAAUCGGCUGAAGAAUGGGGAGAACUGCCCUAAGCUCUACAGCAACCCUGGCAAGAAGCAUGGCGGCCUCUGGUGGACUUACCUCCUCACCCUCUUCUUCAAGCUGGCGAUCGAGAUCAUCUUCCUCUACCUCCUCCAUAGGAUAUGGGAGAGCUUUGACAUGCCCAAGCUGGUCAAGUGCGACCUGAAGCCUUGCCCAAAUACAAUAGAUUGCUACAUCGCUCGGCCGACAGAGAAGAAGAUUUUCACCUACUUCAUGGUCGGGGCCUCUGCCUUAUGCAUCGUUCUCAUCGUCUGCGAGAUCGUCUACCUCAUCUCCAAGCGGGUCCUCCGCUUGGUACAGAAGUGGAAGAAGAAUAAGAGGUCCUUGACCUACAGCAAGGCCUCCACCUGCCAGUGCCAUUCGAGACUUGAGCAACCACAGUAUGGGAAAGGAAAGCACAUGCCCUUAGAGGCCCUUAGGGCCUCUGCACCUAACCUUACUUUAAUCUGAAGGGGCGCAAAGGGGGCAUAUCCAAAAUGGCCAACUGCCAUUUGGAUUAUUUCAUUGGGACACGUAAGUGACUUUUUGGAGCAUGGGACACAGAAGGACAAUUUGAAAGGGAGACUUUCCCUGUGCAUUGUGUGGAUGGCAACGUUUUCCACAAAGGGGAAGUGCUGUCAUGUUUCGCUGAGGCCUGAAGGCAAGGCCUCGUGGCCUGUUUACAUGUUGUGACUACGCUGCUGAUGCACGGCUCAAGACAUGCACCACAUCAGAUGUCAGCUUGCUCUUCACUGGAAGAAGUUGCAGCCCUUAAAAUCCUAGCAUUUACACUUUCUCAGAGGCUAUAAUUAAUAUAGGCAAUUGGCUACGAAAGCCACAUCUGUAGAACAUAUGUUGUGGUCUUCAGGAGGCUCCUAGCAACCAAUGGCUUGUAGCUUUGAUUCCUUCCUCUGACUCAUUUAAAUGUUUAUAGAGCGUGUUGCGAGUCAUUAAAUGAAGGGGAGGUUGUUUAGUCAAUUUGGAAAAGUCAAUGAAAAGCCUACUUUAUUCAUCUCUGAAAUCUUGCUUUCUCCUGCCGAAAUGAGAAAGCCCACACUGUCUGAAAACAAAGGAUCAAACAGAAAAGUUGGUUUUAGUUGGACUUUAUCACCAACAUUUCACGUAAAGGAAAUUCAAAGUUAAUUUGGAGAUCCAGUGUCAGGCAAAGCACCUUAGGAAUUUCAAGGGAAGCCAAGAGUUUAUAUAUAUAUAAGCUCUAUAACUGCCACCUUGGUAACAGCAUUUGUAUGUUAGCAGCUGAUGAAGGCGGAAGCUGAAACGUUUUGUUAAUAUAUUAA